CACAACAAAGUUGAGGCAUGAGAAAAUGAUAUGGAUAACAGGCACAUAACCAUGGCUAACUUGUUUUGAGUACCUAGUCAAACAGAUGGAAAAUUAUUAAAUGGUAAGUUAAAUGUCAUUUCAAAUGUAGCUAGCUAGCUUAUGUCGUUGCAGUAUGAUUAAACCACUCACUGUCUAGGUAGUACUAGGGGUAUUCAAAAUUGUCUAACGUUAGCUAACAGUUUAGAGUUUGCCUGUGACAGUUGGUUACAACAACCUUUUCAGCUGAUUGUCAACUGCUUGAAAUGAUAACAUUCUUUCGUGGCUGUUUGUCAUUGCAUAUUUCAGAGGAAGUAUCAUCAAAUGUUCUAGAAACCCCAGUCAUGAACACUUAUGUUGACAACCUCAUUGAGGAUGAAGCUGAGAUUGAGCUUCUUCUUGCCAAACCGACCUGCUUCAUCAUUAUUGGGAAGCCAGGGGUUGGCAAAUCUACUCUUGCCACAAAAUUAGCCCAGUCCUGGAAGUGUGUCUUGAUUGAUGACACAGAAUUGCUCAACCAACACAUCAAUGAUCAAAGAGCUCAAGGAGUAGAGCUUCUUGAGAUUCUGAAUGAAGGGAAAAGUAUCUCAGAAGAGAUGGUGGUCCAGCUGAUUCUGGACAGACUCAAGUCACCAGAGGUUGAGCACUACGGUUAUGUGCUGAGCUGCUUGCCCUCCAUGUCAGAGGAGUACCUGAAGAUACUGGAGCAGAUUGAGUUCAUCAAGAACCUGAGACUGGCACCUGAUUUCAUCAUAAACAUCAAGUGUGCGGACAGGGACCUGAUCCACCGCCUAGCGGGCCAGAGGCAGCACCCCCUGACAGGCAGGGUGUUCCUCAGGGAGCAGUGGGACCCUGUGAAGAAAGAGACCACCAAGAAAAGGAAUGAGACAGACGAGGAUGAGGGGGAAGAGGAGGAAGGGGAGCUGGAGGAGGCAGAGGAGGUGGAGGAGCGCGAGCUGCAGAAGGACAUGAUUACCCAGCUGGUGCGAGCGCAGGAAAACUUCCCAGAGAACGCCUACCGCAGGGUUCUCCUGUACAAGGACACCAUUCUCAGACCUCUAGAGGACUACAUGGCAGACCAUGCUUCCCUGCACCUGUUUGAGCUGGAUGGGAAUAAAAACCCUGAGGAACUGUUCAUGUCAGUGCUCUUCCGUCUGGAGUCCAUGGCAGUGAGGAGGGUUGCUGUCCCCCUUCGGCUGCUCCAGAUCGACGAGGAAGAGCUGCCUGAUGAGAUUGACACGGAGGAGCUGUUGCGGACCAUGUCCUCCUCUAAGACAGUGGCCCCUGGGUUCAGGUGGAGGAGGAGUCGUUGGUGUAGAGCCUGUCCUGUGGCCCUGAAGGAAGGCAAGAUCAUCAAGGGAAAGCCCGAGUUCUCUGUGGGGUUCAUGGACAAAAUCUACAUCCUGUCUUCCCAGGAGGCCUUGGGGAAGUUUAUGCUGAACCCGCGGCGGUACCUCCUGCCACCCAUGCCGCGGCCGCCCUGCAAGGUGUCUGUGAUUGGGCCUCCAUGUGCAGGCAAGAGCACGCUGUGCGCCCUACUGGCCCAGCACUACGGAGCAGAGCUGGUGGACAUGGAGGUCUUGAUGAAGCCAGUCAUCGCCAAGGUCAAACAGGACAUGCUGGAGAAGGUCAAGAGAGACUCCACCCUCAUGGCUAUCGAGCGGGUCAAGGUCAAGAUGGAACUGGACGCCACCCACGGGUCCAUAAACAUGAGAUCCAACAUCAGUGAGGAGGAGUCUGAUGACAAUGAUUCAGCGACAUCCACGACCCACUCCUCGAGUGAACAGACUGAGGAAGUGAUGAUGGAGGUGACAGAGGAGCACCCAGAUGUACAGGCCAUCGUGGAGGAGGCUUUAAAGGAGGCGGAGCAGGUUGUAACCCCGCCCUCUCUGGACCUGUAUGCAGAGGUGCUGGAGAAUCACAUCAGAGAGAUUGAGAUGGCCGAUGCAGACUCAGAGAUCAAGAGAGGGUGGGUGCUGGACAACUUUCCCAGGAACAGGUCCCAGUUGGCCACCAUUCAGGAUCUCCACGAUGGGAUCAUGCCCGAUAUCCUGUUCUGCCUGAAAGACAACGAUGGGGAAGGUAGGGUAGUAUUGAAGAGGAUGUAUGAACAGAACAGGGAGGAGGUUGACAAGGUAAUCAAGAGGCUUGAAGAACAGCAGAAACAGAAGGCCCAGGAGGCUCAAGAUUCCUUAAACCGUAUGCAGCAGGACCCAGAGGAGGAUCCUAAGCCAACAGAUCCUCAGGCCAAACUGGAGGCAGUGCAAGAGGAGGUGGAGGAAGGCUCUGCAAAAUCUGAUGCAGACGAUGCUGAUAAAAGCCCACCUACCGUCAGCAUAAAAGGUGGAGUGUGGAAGAGAGGCUAUCCAGACGGUCCAGAGAUGAACCCAUUCAAGCUGCAGCUGAAGCAGUUUGUGAUGGACUGGGAGAGCAUGGAGUCCUCUAUCACAGGCAGCUACAAUGUACUGGAGACCUCUGGCAAGAGCCCUGAGGACCUGGUCCAGGAGAUGGUCUUCCACAUGGAGAAGCCCUUUAAGUACGUGGGCUGGGAGCUGUCAGGAGUAGACCUGGAUGAGGAGGAGGAGGAUGCUCAGGCCUUGGCUGAGCUGGAGAAACCUGAGGAGGCAGAGGGAGAGGAGGAACAGGAGACAGGCGAGGAGGCAGCGUCUAAGAGGGUGAUGGGGGACACCCAACACUUCUGUCCCGUGUCCCUGAAGGAGAACGGGGCACUGAUCCCCUGUCUGGAUGAAUAUGCUGCCAAGUACAGAGAGAAAGCCUACUACUUCUCUAGUACUGAGGCCAGGGAACGCUUCUUACUGAGCCCUGAGACAUACGUCUCACACACACAGCUAUUGCAGGCCCCAGCUCUGAGAGUCUUCCUGCUGGGUACGAGGGGCUCUGAUAAGACCACCCACGGGAAAUGGCUGGCGGAGAAACUGGGGGUUUUUCACAUCCAGUUCAGAGAGUGCCUGCAGGAGCUGAUCCUGGGGAAGACCCAGGCCCGCGUGCCCUACUCUGAUGAGGUGGAACCCCCCGAGGAACCUCUUGAGGACCUGGAAGCCCUUCUGCUGCAGGCACAGGGAGGGGCAGCAGUGCUCUCUAUGGACGAGGAGGAAAAACACAGUGGGAAGGACAGCCCAGAGGAAGCCCCAGCAGCAGAGCAGGGGGUGGGGCUGAGUGAUGAGGAGGAGGCAAUUAAGUCCUAUCUGUUUGAUGGAGAGCCUCUGCCUCAGGAGAUCAUGGAUGUGAUGCUGCCACAGUUCUGGGACCAGGAGCCAUACAAAUCGAAAGGGUUCAUCCUGGAGGGUUUCCCCCAGAACCCUGAGGACGUGUCCUUCAUGGUGGAGCGCCGGCUGUUUCCGGACGCAGCCGUGGUCAUGACGGUGGACGUGAGAGACGUCGUGCGGCGCCUGCUGCCCCCCCGCCUAGCCAGCUGGAGAGAACGCCGUGACCGCAGGAGAGAACAGCUGAGACAAGUCAGGGAUCUACGCCACAAAAUACGGGAGGAGGCCAUCACCCGGAGGAGGGCUGAGCUCAUGGCAGAGCAUGCCUCAAAGCAACCAGCUGCAAAGGUGAAGGAUGAGGAGGAUGAGGAGGAGUUUGAUGAGGAAGAGGAGGGGAUGGAGGAGAUCGAAGCCAUGCUGAUUGAGGAGUUUACUCUGGACGAGGAGGAUGAUGGGGAGGAUGAGGAGACAGAAGCGGCUGCUGAGGAGAGGCUGGAGAUGGAGAUCGGGGAACGCUUUGAAACAGACGACGCCAACUUCACUAGGAUGAUGGAACUCCUGGAUGAAAACCAGAUCCCUAAGCUGACCAUCAACGGUGGCCGUAAGUCCAGGAUCGUGCGUUACCAGCUGCUUCAGAAGGUUCAGCCUCUGGUGACCAACAGGGAGGCCCACUUCCACAAGUGCCAGCCCAUCAGCUAUACCUUGGCCCGCAAGCUGCUCUGCUAUUCCUUCAAGUAUAACAGCUUCUUCGGCUGUUGGGACCCCGUCAAGUACACAGAGGGAGACCUGAUCCAGCCAGUGCAGGGUCCCCUGAACACAUCCUACCCCGUGCUCUUCCACCAGUUCAUCUACUUCUUCGCCUCCAAGGAGACGAGGAACACCUUCAUCCUCAACCCCAUCAAGUACCUGAAGCAGCCCAAACCCAACCCCUCCCUUCCCAUCAAACUGGUCAUUAUCGGACCCCCCAAGUCAGGCAAAACCACAGUGGCGAGGAUGUUUGCCCAUGAGUACAGCCUGACUCGUCUGUCCAUUGGGGACGUGAUGCGGACUGUGCUGGCCAGCCAGGGUAGGACAGAGCUGGCCACCCAGAUGAUGAAGCACCUCUCCCAGGGCCACACCUUGCCAGAUGAAUUGGCCAUCCAGUGUCUGGAGGUAGCCCUCAUGAGCCUGGUCUGCAGCACCAGAGGGUACGUGUUGGAUGGCUUCCCUAUGACGCGUAAGCAGGCUGAUUUGAUGGAGGCUCGGAGCAUUAUCCCAGUGCUUGUGGUGGAGCUGCAGCUGGACACCGUGGAGGUGCUAAAGAGAGGCCUCAGGGACAAGAUGAAACCCAACAGUCCCCACCUGAUGCAUGACAGCCCCCAGAUCCUGAACAUCCGUAACUCUAAUUUCAAGCAUGAGGUGGAGGCGGUGAGGCAGCACUACCAGCAGCAUUACCAGAACUGGGUCUCUGUGGAUGGACACAACUCCAAGUGGUGGGUCUGGAACAGAAUCCUGGAUGAGGCCCGCAUGAGCAUGAGACACAUCCACACCUACCUGGAGAAAAUACGCACCGGCCAUGCAGCUAGCAUCGACAGGCUGUGCAUCACACCAAAGGAGCUAAAGUCUCGGCUGGGUGAGUUUAGCUAUUACUGCCCUGUCAGCCUCGCCCUCCAUCGACACCUGGUGGACUGUUCUCUCACUACAUCUCUGGAGCUGGCAGCUGAGUUCAGGGGACACUAUUACAAGAUGUGCUCUCGGGAGUACCUGGAGCUCUUCCUUGAGACUCCAGAACAGUUUGUGAUCCCGGGCUGCCCACACGCUCUCCCCCCUUCCCACAUGUUGCCCAAGAAGCUGACGGCCGGCCAGGUGAAGGCCAGGUUCCCCAAGCAGGUGGAGAUGAAGGGCUACUGCCCCGUCACCUACCUGGAUGGGAGGCAGAGGUAUGAGGCCCUGGUUCGUGGAAGCGUGGAGUACUCUGUGGAAUAUCGGGAACAAAUCUACAUUUUCGAGAACGAACAGAAACAGGACAGGUUUCUGAGGUUACCUGAGACCUAUUGGAACCAGAAGCUGCCCGACAAGCUGCCUCCUAUGAGUGAGCCUGUGCAGCUCACCUCCCUGCCCAUGCUAGGCUACAUGGAACAGGGCAUGGCAAGAUCUAUCAUUAAAGCUCUGACUGCCGUCGGUUGUCUCAAACCAAAGUUCCCCUACCUCAGUCCGAAGAGAUCGGCACUCCAUUAUCUGGCAUUUUAUUUGAAAGCCUUCAACCCCAGGAACUCGGACUACAUCCGCCAGAAGUACAAGAAGAAGCUGGCGUCAUUUGAGGAGAAUUGUGAGCUUAUCUCCUACCUGGGCUCCACUAUGACCAAAAAGUACAGAGCUCCUCAGGAGCAGCCCAUAGACUUUGAAUUUAAGCUGCACAGGUUUUUGGCUUUUGGAGAGUCCACAGAGGCUGCUGCUGGGGUGCUAUAGUACCUCAUGACUUGUGAAAUAUUGUUCACUGAAAUGUUGAGCUCUAAGUAUUUCACAGGGUGCAUUGCACUCUUGAUAUAUCAAAGGAUGACAUUAGAAUUGCAGUCCUUUUAAACUGAUAAACAUUUAUUAGUCUUAUUCUAAAAUUGUUACAUUUUCUUUUCCAAUCUACACACAAUACCUCAUAAUGACAAAGUGAAAACAGGUUUAGACAUUUUUGCAAAUAUACAAAACACAGAAAUCCCUUAUUUAUAUUAAUAUUUAAACCCUUUGCUAUGAGAUUUGAAAUUGAGCUCAGGUGCAUCCCAUUUCCAUUGAUCAUCCUUGAUGUUUCGACAACUUGAUUGGAGUACACCUGCGGUAAAUUCAAUUGAUUUAACGUCAUUUGGAAAAGCACACACACAGGUCUAUGUAAAGGUCCCACAGUUGACAGUGCAUGUCAGAGCAAAAACCAAGCCAUGAGGUUAAAGGAAUUGUCCAUAGAGCUCUGAGACAGGAUUGUGUCGAGGCACAGAUCUGGGGAAGGGUGGCAAAAAAAAAAAAGUCUGCUGCAUUGAAGGUCCCCAAGUGGCCUCCAUCAUUCUUAAAAAAAAAAUGGAAGAAGUUUGGAACCGCCACUGUUCCUAGGGCUGAAUAAUCUGGGGAGAAGGUCAGGGAGGUGACCAAGAACCUGAUUGACAGCAUUUGAGUUCCUCUGGAGAUUGUCCUUCUGGAAGGUUCUCCCAUCUCUGCAGCACUCCACCAAGCAGGCCUUUAUGGUCGAGUGGCCAGAAAGCCACGCCUCAGUAAAAAGGCACAUGACAGCCCUUGAGGGGAUCUGCAGAGGGGAAUGCCACGCCUGUAUUUGGAAUUUCUCCCAAUCUUUUAGUGUCUGACCCCAAAAAACUCAAGGCUGUAAUCGCUGACAAAGGUGCAUCAAACAGUCUGAAUACUUUAUGUAAAUGUGUUCAAUGCCAGAAUUUUAUCCAAGAAGGUCUGAGUGGCACUUGGAGGUGCUAAUGAAGAUGCUUUGCUUAAAGACUACCACAAUUACAUUAAACACAUAGCAUACACAGUCAAAUUGUAAAGAAAGAAAAUAGUUGGGGUAUAAGAAUACGUUUUAUUCAAUGGGGCUAGGCAACGCAGAGAUGACAAUACUUUAUUUCACCCAUACAACAAUGUAGCCUGUUAUUAAAGUAAAAUACUUUUACAAUAUCGUAAACAAGUUUUACACCUUCCAAAUUACAUUUGAUUUAUUAAUAUGGUGUAAGAGGGCACUUUUUCUAUGACGACAAGGUGAAGGUGCUCUACUCAAAUGGCACAACAAUCGUUUAGAUUUAUCAAAGCACAGCAUAUAACAACCAUAUUGUAUAAUUGAGGGAUGUCUCCUUUCAUAUCUGGAAAAUGGGGAAGAAGUAGAAACUGAUGCUGCUGCAGCAUUGCGCAUCUUCAGUGGUAAUCCAGUUGACAUGGGUGUCUUGAGAGGUCAGCUGGUGAACCUACAGUAGUACAUAAGUAAAUGAAAAGCCCACCUGAUGUUAGAAUGGCACCUAUACCGCCAGGGCUUUAAAUAUUGAUUGGUUGUGAUUAAUUCAUGUGUUUUAGUGUGAUAAAGAUUUAAAUCUGUUGGGCUUGAACAACCAAUAGUCAAUACAGGUUGUGCUAUCCCAUUGAGGCCUUUGUCCUAUGCUGCAAUGUCCAUAUAAAUUGUCCUUCCUCUUAUGAAUAAAGUUAAACAAAUCAU